CAACACCUUCUUCCAAAAGUUCGUUAUCUAUGCUCGUAUUUGGUUAUGGUUCCAAAUUAUUUGACAAUAAAGUAUUAGCACAAAAGGUGGAGGAUGGCAAGUUCUUGAUUCCUUGGCAAAGUAAUGAUGAUAACCAACAUUUGAUGUUGGACAGAUAUGAUAUUCGACACAUGAUGGAUAACUUGGACGAUAUAUCAGAUACAUUUGGAGAAGAAUUCGAUGCUGAGAUUGAAGCAGAAUGCGAUCAAGAACGAUAUGCAGAUUUGCGAGAUCAAUAUGGGGAUACAGCUGACGAAGAAGAAGACGAGAACGCCAUAGCAGGUCACAAAAGAAAACGCACUGGAAACGAAUACCGAUAUGACUAUGAUAAAGACACUACUACUACUACAACAACAACAACAUCAACAACGGCGAAUAAAUGCUCCAGUGAUAUUCAAUCCAUGAUUCAGCAAUACAAUGUACCAGAGACUAUGUCCAUACCUUCAUCACCUCCAUUAGUAGAUCUGAUUGAUAAGACUGCACUCAACUUGAUCACUACGUCCAAAACAAAUCGUCAACCUAUCAUGGUAUGUGAAAUUCAGUUCCAGGUACGACACUGUCAAGAUCCUCAAUAUGAUUUUCUCGGCAAGCAACAUGAUCUUUAUCCAUUUUAUCGCCAAGUACUACAUUAUCAUCAAAUCAAUAGCAACAAUCAUCUUGAUCAGGAAAACGGCAAGACAACUCUAGGAAGUUUAGUGGAUUACGGUAGUGAUAGCAGCAAUGAUGAAGACGACGACAAUGAUAAAACGAAACAAGACAUGGACAAUAUACCAACAGAUGUGAUACACAUUAUACAAAAGACAGCUCAAUCAGUUGCUAAGAUAGGAUUGGAUUUGGAACACAAAAUACGACGGCUACGAGCACAAGAUCCUAAAUUUGGUUUUUUACAAACUGAUCAUCCACAUCAUGAUUAUUAUCGGAGGAUAGUCGAAUCUUAUCAACAGAACCUUACAUCGAAAUAAUAUUUCUUUUUCUAUAUAUAUAUAAUAAAUAAAAAUCUGAUAUCUGUUGACUUCGU